UUGUAGGUAAUAGUGCAGUACGCAAUAUCUGAACAGUGAACGACUGUUACCUACUAAAUUAAUUCCAAAAUCUGAAUAAUAAACAAGUGAAAUACCAUUUUAAAUACAGAAAUAUAUGCUUAAUUUUAUAUUAUUUACAGUAAUGAUAAAAACAAUUUUUAACUGUGUUUAAUUUUCUACGAUUUGUUUGGUAAUUUCUUCCAGCUAUUAGUCAACAUGUCAUCGAAUAAUCCAGAUAAAUGGAACGAAGGUCUUUCGGACGAGCGUCUUACUGUUUUGAUGUCCCCUUUUAAAAAUAGAGAAGUAAAUGAAGUAAAUUACGACAAUAAGAUGCGAUUUUGGAAAGACGCUAUAUUAACUGAAAGCAAUCGGCGACAUCGAUGUUCGUUUUCUAUAAAUGAUUUGAAAACAUGGUUUGUUUACAAAGGACGAUCACCAGUAUGCUUACUGAAUGUUCUGGAAGAUAUGUUUAGGGAAAAUACAAUUAAAUCCAAGUCUGAAUUUGAACAAAUACAAAAUCAAAACAACAGCACCUGGUCGAAUUGGGCUGUUAACACGUUGGUUAAAAACCCACUAUCAUGGUCUGUCGGUUUGGUGAAACAGUCUAUCAUUUCACCAACAAGACCUGUUGACGAUAACAUCGAGUAUGUUAGUUUACAGCUGGUCGAGAAUCAAGCAAAUGAACUAUUUAGUGUAUUGGCAGUAACUGAGAAAUCUCAAAUUUUAUUUAUGGACGACAUACAAAAACGUCUUUGCCAAUUGUGGAACACUAACAUUUCAAUGGGAAACACAGAGUUAAUAGUACAUUCAUUAGAAAUCCGUAACAAAGCUUAUGUAGAGCGAGGAGAACAUCUAGUAGCUAAUAAAACUCUGGUAAAAAUUCCCGGAUUCGGUAAGAAUGUUGAACCUAUUACGGAAUUAGAAAAAAACUUUUUCAAAUUGAAAGAAGCCGAAAAAAUUUUAAUCGGUGAAAUUAGCAAUUUAGACAACGAUAAAGAUUCUCUUGUCAAAGAAGCGAAAAUGUAUCUUGCUAAAAAUAUGAAAUCUAUUGCACUAUCAUCGUUACGCAAAAAAAAAGAAAUUGAACGACGAAUAGAAAAGCAACUACAUUCACUCGAUAAUGUACAAGCCAUGAUUUCAAGAAUAGAAGAAUCGAAAUACAAUUCUGAAGUAUUAAAAUCGUAUGGAAAUGGACUUGCCGCGUUAAAACUCACAGCCAAAGAUACUGGUUUAACAAUUGACAAUGUCGACGAAACCAUGGCAGAAUUAGCAGAGGCAAUUGAAGAACAUAAAGACAUACAGUCAGCACUUGGUCGGCACAUAGUCGACGACAAACAAAAUGAUAAUGAACUCGAGGAUGAAUUAGCCAAUCUAUUAGGCGCCGACGAAUCGACUGUACCACAAACGGAACACAAGCGUGUUGUUCCUGAUCUACCAGAAGUACCGGACAACAGUUUCGAAGUUGAAGAAGAAAUGGAUCUUGAUCAUAGAUUACAAAUGUUAAGAGAUCACUGAUUAUUUAAUAUUGUGUAAGAUUCGGCCUUACGUGGAACACAAUGUACUUUUGUGUUAAUUUUUUUUUUGUGUAAUAUAAUGCCAAUUUAUAAUUUA